UUGAACUCCCCAAAAUGACCGGAAAGGCCUUAAAUAUUGGCGAUCAGUUUCCCAACUUCUCGGCUGAGACCAGCGUGGGAAAGAUAGAUUUCUACGACUGGAUGAGCGAUAGCUGGGCUAUUCUGUUCUCCCACCCGGCUGAUUAUACGCCGGUGUGCACUACGGAAUUAUCCCGUGUGGCUGCCCUGAUUCCGGAAUUCCUGAAGCGUGGAGUAAAACCCAUAGCAUUGUCCUGCGACACCGUGGAAUCGCACAAAGGAUGGAUCGAGGACAUCAAGAGUUACGGCAAGCUUAGCAGCUUUGAUUAUCCCAUCAUUGCGGAUGACAAGCGGGAACUGGCCCUCAAGUUCAACAUGCUGGACAAGGACGAGAUCAAUGCCGAGGGAAUUCCCCUCACUUGUCGCGCUGUUUUCGUUGUGGAUGAUAAGAAGAAACUGCGCUUAUCCAUCCUUUAUCCUGCCACCACAGGACGUAAUUUCGAUGAAAUCCUUCGAGUGAUAGACUCUCUUCAAUUGACCCAAACCAAGAGCGUGGCCACGCCUGCAGAUUGGAAACAGGGCGGCAAUUGCAUGGUUUUGCCCACCGUCAAAGCCGAAGAUGUUCCCAAGCUCUUUCCCAAUGGCAUCGAUACAAUUGAAGUUCCCUCCGGAAAGAGUUAUCUACGGAUCACACCGCAGCCCUAGAAAGCCAACAGUUUUCUUUCUUGUAUGACUUUAUUACAAAAAUUAUAAUUAACAACAAAUAAUGCACAAUAAAGUAUACGCUUACAACCGUA